GGCCGCCUCCGUGACCGGGGCUCGACGAGGCCCGUCGCCCGGAAAAGAAGGCCCGGCAAGGGGGGUGGUCAGGGGGGGGCAUUUUUGCCCCCUUCGGACACCCCUUCCGGGUACCCCCUCCGGGUACCCUUUCGGUAGCCUAUGCCGACCCCCAAAUCCCCAUUGGAAACUGCUGAUUUGGCAGGUCCCAAAAUGGCAGCCCAACGGUAGCCCAAGCGGACCCCCUUACCCCCCCCCUUCGGCACCCCCCCCCGGAAGCACUUGA